GAUAAUAUAAGUUCAUCCGAAUGGAAUAUAAAAGAGUACUUCUAUAUAAAAGUAUUUCUUAUAAAAUGAACCGUAUUUCCAUCUUUUAAAAUGAUGAACUUAUCAUUCGUUUCAACUAAAACAACAUGCCCAUUAUCAAACCAUUUACAUAAAUAUGUAUAUGCAUGUACAUAUUUGAAGUAUAAAAUUUAGUUAGAGGGUUAGAAAAUGCGACGAAGAAAAGCGAACGAGCAAAUUAAAUAAAUAGCACAACGAACACCCUACUAAAAAAGACAAGCAGACACAUGAAGAGUGUGUGUAUACUUCUCUUAUUAUUUCUUUUUUUUUAUAUCGAGUGGCACACCAAAGCCAUAAUAUACGCAAAUUUUUAUGUGUCUACUUGGUACAUUGGCGAAACUGUGGCGCAGUAGCAAAACAGCUUCGCAACUGAACGUACAUCAUUUCACUUUAGUCGUGCGGCUGCUAUUCGAAUACCGCUCGCGCGCGAUAUAUAAAAACGGUUCGAUUAUGGCAUCGACAUAAAACAUUUUCAGUUUUGCUUCGAAGGCAAAUCAUUUCGUUAAUAAUAUUCAACUGAACUUGAAAGUGAGAAAAACACCAGAUCCGAAUUUUUGAAGGAUUUUCGCAUGAUAAAUGAAGAAGAUACAAAAUUUUUGUUUCUUUUUUUUAUUGUUAUAGAUACAUGACAAAAACAUUAAAUGAAAAUUACAUUCAAAUUGAAUAUAGAUUGUAAAUAUAAUAUAAACGAAAAGUGAAGUGUGUAUCGUGUCUGUUAACCGCCGAUUUUAUUCAACAACAUCCAUUGAUCCAAGUAAAUUAAAUUAAAUGGUAUAUUCAUCGUGUGCUGUAACAUUGUUUUGCGAUGUUGUUGUUUUUUUUUUAACACAGAAAAAGCGAAAAGAAAGAAAGAGUGUAAAUGGGUUUCGAAGGCGCCUUCGAAACAUAAUCGUGACUAUCUUAGUUUGCAUCGAACUGAACGUGAAUGUAAAACGAACAGAGAAUCGGAUCGGAAGAAUUUAUUUUAUCAGCUACGCUGUCGUUGUCUUGAUAAUGAGGCAUAUAAUCGCAUAUUUACGUCCUCCACUUCAAUUCGUCAUCGUUGAUUUAUUACAAAUGUUGUCCGCCAUAAAUAAGCAUUUCGAUUUGCCGCAACUAUAUUAUUAGAUUACUAUCUUGAUAUGAGUAUCAUCGAAUGAAAUAACUCAAGUGCAAAAAGUGGGGUAUUUGUGUGGCGAGAAUAAAUUUGAAUUGUAAUCAUCUGAGCAGCGGUUUGUCUAAAAAAAAGUGUAUAAACAUCAUGCUGUCGAGCUAUCGAUUGAAUCAUAUUUCAAAUGAAGAUUUGCAAGCAGUUACAUUUGUGCCAUAUAAACAUGCAAUAUUUCAAUCUCAUCACCAUCAUCAUCAUCAUAAUCAUCGCCGACAGUCAUGCUGCAGCGUUUUAUUCCCAAUGGCCUUUGAGCGUGCGGCACCAAAGUCAAUUUUAAAUCCGCGAUUCGAUUCCAUUAUCUUAGAAGGUCAAUAUCAAUCGAGCGUUUUUCCACAAAUCCGGCUUAGAUAUCGAUACGCAUUGAUUUACGUGAUUUUAAGUACAUUGAUAUGGCUGGGAUAUCAUUUGUCUGUGUUAGAUACGUCGGUUGCACGGAUGCAGCUAAUCACACUGUAUGCGUCAUACGUUAUGGUCCUAUUGACAUCGAUUCUACUGUAUUUUUUGACCUACACAAAAUUUUAUCGUGUUCACACAACGUUCGUUUCAAUAAUAACAACGAUUAUAUUGUGCGGCACAUCGCUAACACUUCUCAAAUUUACGUCCAUUGAACUGUUUAGUCCGCUGGGUCAUUUUAGCAUGUGUAUCGAGAUAAUUUUACUAAUUUACACAAUGAUCCCAUUUCGUCUGUGGCAAAAUUGUUUAUUGGCCGCAAUUUAUUCAAUUCUUUUUGAAAUUGGAUCGUUCCGAUCGAAUGACAUCAGCACAUCAGUUACCUACAAAAUAAUUGUAAUGAGACUGAUGCUACAUCUAUGCGUGCAUCUCAUUGGACUCCAUAUUUUAAUUAUGAACGUUGUACGAAUGCGCGGCACAUUCAUUGAGGUUGGACAAAAUCUGCUCGUUAAGAGGCAACUUGAGAUGGAAAAACAGUUGAAAGAGAAAAUGAUACACAGUGUUAUGCCACCGAGAGUUGCAGACAUGCUGUUGAAAGAACGCAGCAGCGGAGAUCAAGCAAUGUUUGGACCAACAAAUGUUAAAUGUUUAUUUCGUCCAUUUCACAUGGCAAGCAUGGACAAUGUGAGCAUUUUGUUUGCGGACAUCGUGGGAUUCACAAAAAUGUCUUCGAAAAAGACAGCCGAACAACUUGUUGAAAUUUUGAAUGACCUUUUCGAGAGAUUUGACGACUUAUGUAUUCUGAAUGGUUGUGAGAAGAUUUCAACCCUCGGCGAUUGCUAUUAUUGUGUGGCGGGCUGUCCGGAACCGAGAGCUGAUCAUGCAAUUUGCACUGUUGAAAUGGGUUUGGGAAUGAUUGCGGCUAUGCGUUUGUUUGAUACCAAACGACAUGAAGGCGUAACAAUGAGAGUAGGCAUACACACUGGUUCGGUUUUAUGCGGUAUUGUCGGAACGCAACGUGUAAAAUUCGAUGUGUGGAGCAAUGAUGUCUCGUUUGCAAAUAGAAUGGAAUCAACUGGAAGACCCGGACAAAUCCACAUCUCAGAGAAAACAUAUGCAUUUUUAGAAAACAAAUACAUCUCCGAGCCCGGAGAAGAGGUUGAAGGUUUAAAGACGUAUUACAUAAUACGGCGAAAAUCAACAAAAUCUUAUGAGCAUCUACGACCAAAUGAUCUAAAUUUAAGUAGUAUUCCAAUGUCAAAGAAUGGUGAAACGAGUAACGCUCCAAAGUUAAUAUCCCAAAGUGCGACCAAUUUGGCUGUUCGCCAUGAUUCAAUCUCACCGUCGGCACUAUCAACGGGAGCAGCUACAUCCCCAGCGGCGACGGCAAACCGAUGUCGAUCAACAACGCUCAAUAAAUUAACACGUUGCCUUCGUUCCAGUGUGGUGAACUCCGGUGGUAACGCUACCAUUCAAGCCAAAGACCAAUCAAAUCAGCUGCAGCUGUCACAGCCGCAGUCGCAGCAACAACAAAAACCACCUCAAAUAUUUGUGUCGACUAAAUCGCUUCCAGAAAGUUUAACUUCCACAAAUCCAUCCAUUUUGAAUUGUUGUCCAAAUUCACUCACCCCAAACAGUAGACCAUCACCAUCAUCUGGUAACGAUACGUAUACGGAAAAUUCAAAAAUCGGUGAUUCAACAAUAAUGACCGCAUCCGAUUCAGUUCCAAAUAAUAAAUCGAUGCGUCAAUGGAAACUUCCGAAAUAUUUGCGUAAAUUUGAUAGUCGCAAUAAUAACAAUGACAUAAAAUGUGAUAAAGAUUGUGUGAUGAAUGACGGCAUAGUCGAUGAAACACGUAUCGAUAAUAACGAUCAGUCGUCAUACCAGUUGCUGCCCAUUAUUAUUCAGAAAGCAAAUACCGAAACGUCAUUGAGUGCCAUUGAUCAAAAUGUAAGCAGCAAUGGAAAUUGUUUUGAUCAUGAACAUAUGAGAAUCGAACGAACGGCAAGCUGUUCGCCCAGUCCACGAUCGAAUACACACCUAAAUACAGAUGUUAUUGAUGUUCGAUCGUACAUUUCUCAAUCGAGAAGUGACACCAUUUAUGACAUAACACCAUUUUACCCGGAACGUGCUGAUUCAUGUAAAUAUCGAACACAUCGUUCGUACUAUGGUGAUGUGUCACCGAUGCGUCGGCCACGAUCGAAAACGGUAGCGGGUCAAGAACAUUUGAGUAGUAAACUUAGUCAUGAGGCGUCGAUCAAUGAGCUACGCGUUCCAAAUGCACGUAUUCGGAAACAUUCUCAUUAUUGUAAUUCAACAUCGAAUAAUCUACAAUUACCAGAAAUACCGCCAAAUCACACAUCCAUUUCACAAGAACGUUUAUCGACCGGAGAUAUUGGUUCGUGGGUUACAAAUAUAUCAGACGAUCCCACAUCGGGCGAACAAUCAUCAGCAAUUGUGAUACCGGCAAACGAUGAAAUUCACAUGGAUCCGCUGAGAAAGCAAAGUGAUUUGCAGCUCGUUAAAUGUGUAAAAGAAAACGCAAAGUCACAACAAAACUAUUUGGUAACACCGCCAAUUUCAAAAUGUUCGUUAUUCUUUUUGUCACCGCUGAUGGAAAAGGAAUUUCGAGACGAAGCGCAUCAGUUGAACAAAACAAACGGACCACUUACAAUCGCAUUUCCAAUUUAUAACACGUAUUUUGACAUUUUUAUCGGCAUCAUUAUAUUCGCAACGGUGUCCAUUGCCAUGUUCUUGCUUUCAGCCUCCGAAAGGUUCAAUAACACUGCAUUGCAAUGGCUUUGGCUAUUCUUGUUUGCAUCUUUUUCUCUCAUUGAAUUGCUAGUUUUAACUCUAUUUACUCGGCGAUUGUUUCGAAAUCGUGGAAAGUCAUUUGGGCAACAGCAUAAAUCGCAAGGUACCGAGUUGCAAACAAAUGAUGAACGAAAGCAACACACUUCUGAUGCACUGAAUACCGGACAAACCAUGUCCAAUACGGUUACAACAUCGAAUAUAACAAUUGAUUCAAUCGCUGACCACGAAUCUUUGAACGGUGACCGAAAUUUUGAAGACAAAAUUAUCAAUUCGAUUUCAAAAUGGUAUCGCUGGCACAUAUCGCUUGGAAUUUUAAUGUCGUUGCCGGCCAUUUUAACACUUGUACAUUUUCUCAUUUCGAGUAUGUCAAAUGAUGCGUCCGUAUUUGGAUGUCAUUAUGGUUUUUUAAUGCUCAUUUCAAUCGUGCACUUUUGCAAUUUCACACAAUUGAAUUGUUGGAUGCGAAAUUUAAUGGCAGUUGUUGUGGCGCUUGCAUUUAUUGGUGGAAUAUCGAUGAAUCAAGUUGAAUGGUCGUCCGAUGCUGGUAUGCAAUUCGAAGUGCAAAAUACAAGCCUCUCACCGCCCAUGUUGAUUCUAUCUGAUGGAUCGAUGAGGAAUAGAAAUGAAAGCAAUGGCAGCUCGUUCGUGAAUCAAACGCAAGCAUUUUAUGAUCGAAAGAAGCCACAUUGUUUUGAAAAGAAAAUUGAUUUGGAAAUCUAUUUGGAUUUGACAUUGGUAUUAAUUCUCGUUUGGUUUUUGAAUCGAGAAUUUGAGAUAUUUUAUCGUUUUGCAUUUUAUAGCAGUUCCAUUGCUGAGAAAGAUAAGGUUCGUGUUCAGCAAAUGAAAAACCAAGCCGAUCUCUUGUUGCAAAACAUAAUCCCAAGGCAUGUGGCCGAUCAUUUGAAGAAUACCACCAAAUAUUCGGAAAAUCAUAAAAAUGUUGGCAUCAUUUUUGCAUCGUUAAUCAAUUUCAACGAGCUGUAUGACGAAUCAUACUUGGGCGGUCGUGAAUAUUUAAGAGUACUCAAUGAACUGAUUGGCGAUUUUGAUGAGUUAUUAAGCCGACCCGAAUUUGCGAGUGUUGAAAAAAUCAAAACAAUUGGAAGCACAUUUAUGGCCGCAAGUGGCUUAGACGAUAGUUUACGCGAUCAAAAUAGUAACGGUCACAUUAAUGCUUUGAUGGAAUUCGCAUUGGCGAUGCAAGAAGUUGUCGCCGCUUUUAAUAAAGAUUUGCUAGAAUUUGAUUUAAUACUUCGCAUUGGGUUUAAUGUCGGUGACGUAACGGCCGGCGUUAUUGGGACGCGAAUGCUUCAUUUUGAUAUUUGGGGCGACGCGGUCAAUGUUAGCUCAAGAAUGGAUAGCACUGGAGUGGCCGGACAAAUACAAAUUGGAAAAGAUUGCAUCCCAUUUUUGGAUGACCAAUUGUACGAAUUUGAACCGCGCGGAAGUGUUUUUGUGAAAGGAAAAGAUAAUAUGGAAGUGUAUUUAGUUAGGCGUAAAAGACAUUGAAUACAAUGUCCACUUUUGGCAGAAGUGCCAUGAAGGUGGUGGUCGCCAGAUACAGAGACGUCUACAGGAUUUCGUCCAGCGGGGAGAGGCAAGGCAAAUGAAAAACGAGGACAAUUUUCCUCACCAUAAAGUUCUAGCAAAUUGAGAAAAAUUUCGACGAAAAUCUCUGCCCUCUCCUGUGGACGCCCCUGGCCAGAUACCAUUUGAAAUUCGAAAUACCAGUGCAAAAAAACAUAUGCCAGAUUCAAUUUUAUGCAUGAAUUAUUCGCUGAAUUUUCUCUUACAUCUUCUACUUUUUUCAUUUUCAAUUGCACCUGAUGAAAUCUCAAUGAUAUUUUAAAACAAUAUUAACGAAACUCUAAGUCGAAUUUAAAGACAACAAUUAAUUCCAAGUACUCACACAAUUUUGCAAUAAAUAUAACCAAAAUGAGCAUAAAUCUUGUGUCCUUCAAUAUGAAAGGCUACAGAUAUAACUGUUUUUUUGAAUGUCUUUGUAGUCAAUGUAAAUGUGCUUACAUAUAUAUAUUUUUUUGUCAUUUUAAGGACGUUUAACUUUUCUUUGUCAUAGCUACUGCCCACAAGAUAAAAACGCGAUAAAAUAGGUGUAAUUUUUAGACAAAAAAACCGUAGACUUUAUUUCUGUAUAAGUUGCAAUGUGAAGCGCUUACUUUCUGUUAACGAAUCUGAAUAUUUUUAUUUUUAAUUUAUUGAUUAAUAUAUUGACCUGCUUGAGCAGGGAACCCCAGAUUAGCAAAUGAAAUUUAAAUAUUAUUUUUGCAAAUUCAUGUAUAAGCGAUGUAGAGAGGAGAGAAGAUCAAGUUUAUCAUGUUAAAUUUUAUAAAAUAUGUUUUUAACAUAGCGAAAUCUUUUAUAUUAUAUACUAAAUGUGAUACAAAAUGAUUACAACCGUAAAUUUUAUUGCUAAAUGAAAUGUAUGCCUGAGA